AUGCUAAACGCUAUCUCAAAACUGACUACCGCGUGCACUGUCAACAGUACUACUCUACUUGCGCUGACCACUGUAGCAAGUUUGCGCUUAGUGAUCCUGUUGAUCCCUAGCUACAGCAUCCUUGUCCGCAUCAGCAUCAAUCGAUUUGCGAGCAAUGCCAAGAACUGAAGGAUGUUCUGUUAGAGUGUGCUAAUUACAUGGAAUCCAUCCUCUUGUCCAAGGAACAGCUUGUAAUUGUAGGGGACAUGAAUAUUCAUGUAGAUGAUUCAAGUGAUGCGGAUGUGCGUAAUCUCUUGGAUUUAUUGGAAUCAUGAGGGUUACAGCAGCAUGUCAGAGGACCAACACAUAUUCAUGGACAUACUUUGGAUCUUGUUGUUACACGCCUAGCUGAGAAUAUUAUAUUAGACACGCCUAAGGCUGACCGCUAUCUGUCUGAUCAUGCUGCUAUUCUAUGCAAGCUAACGUCAUCUAAGCCACUUAAUACUGUCAAGGAGGUGAAGUACCGAAGGACCAAGUCUGUUGAUGUCUCCGCCCUUUCGUGUGAUUUGGGGGAGUCAUCGUUAUGUAUCAUCCAGACAUCCUCAGCGCUUGCGACCUGGAUUCUCUUGCCUGUAAUUAUAACACCACUCUGUCUAGCGUUAUCGAAUCACACGCGCCACUUAAAACGAAGACCAUUGUAUCAAGGCCUACUGUACCCUGGUACAAUGACGACAUACACAAGGCAAAGCUUUUACGCAGAAAGGCAGAAAGAAAAUGGAAGAAAACAAAACGGGAAACUGAUUUUCAGCUAUUCAAGAAGCGGGGGAAUCACGUGACGCAUCUCCGUAAUGAGGCUAAGCGCAAGUUUUUCACGGACUUUGUUGAGGAUAAUCGUAGUGACCAGGGGAGGUUAUUUCGUGCCACCAGGACGCUGCUUGGAAAGAAUGAUAGCACACCGUCGUUUCCUGACUUUGAUAAUGUCUUUACUUGUGAAUGAUAUAGCACGAUUCUUUGCGCGGAAGAUAAUGCGGAUACGUGAUCAAAUAGACUCCAUCGUUAUUGCUGAUAUGGAUACUGUACCAGAUGAUCCUAUAGUCAGUGAUGCAAAGAUACUGUCGGAGUUCAAGCCCCUCUCUGAAACUGACAUUUUGGCACUUAUUCAGAAGUCAUCAAAGAAAACGUGUAAUCUAGACCCCAUGCCGACUAAACUUAUGGUAGAAUCACUUGAUCAUCUGUUACCUGUUAUUACUAAGAUGAUCAAUUCAUCGCUAAUUGGGGAACACUUUCCGAAGGUAUGGAAGCAAGCCCUUAUUGAUCCUCGCUACAAAAAAGCUGGAAUUAAUGACUUCACUAAUCUUCGUCCAGUUAGUAACCUGCAGUAUGUGUCUAAAUUGGUAGAGCGUGCAGUAUUUGACCAGGUACAUGCACACCUUUCUGAACAUGACCUCUAACCCUUGUUGCAAUCUGCGUAUAGACGAGGUCACAACACAUAAACAGCCUUACGCAAGAUAUGUAAUGAUAUAUUAAUGGCAAUGAAUCGUCAGCAAGUUGUUCUGCUUGUGUUGUUGGAUCUGAGUGCUGCCUUCGAUAGGGUGGAACAUUCUGUGUUACUAUCUCGUCUGAGCACAAGUUUUGGGAUCCGAGGUACAGCACUGGAGUGGUUUGCGUCAUACCUGUCCGGACGUUCUCAACGUGUCUCAAUAAGUGGCAAGUGUUCAGAAUCUCUACAGUUAAAUCAAGGAGUUCCUCAAGGGUCGUGUUUAGGGCCGUUACUGUUUACUCUGUAUGCCAGUAAACUGUUUGAAGUUGUCAAGAGACACCUGCCUAGUGUUCACGCUUAUGCAGACGAUAUGCAGUUAUAUUUAGCGUUUAAACCUGGCUGUGCCUCAAGUACUGAUGAUGCCAUUGCUGCUAUGGAACGGUGUGUAAAUGAGAUAAGAGCCUGGAUGCUAUGUGACAAACUGAAGAUAAAUGAUGGCAAAACAGAGUUUUUAAUAAUAGGCACCCGUCAGCAACUAUCCAAGGUUCAUGUUGACUCGCUUGCAGUAGGGGAUGCUCAAGUGUCGCCUGUUCAGUCGGUUAAGAACUUAGGAACAUGUAUAGAUAGUAACAUGGGUCUUCAAGUUAAUAUCAAUAACACGUGUAAAGAUGCCUAUUACUACAUUACGAAUGUAACACGAAUAAGAAAAUAUUUAAGUAACCAAGCAACCCAGACACUUGUUCAUGCUCUAAUAAUUUGGCGCAUUGACUAUUGUAAUAGUAUUCUGUAUGGGUUACAAGCUAAACAAAUAGCAAAGUUACAACGGCUCCAGAAUUCCGCAGCAAGACUUAUUUUUAAGAUUCCUAGGUUUCAUCACAUCUCACCAAUUCUGUGUACGCUUCAUUGGCUUCCAGUAGAAUUUAGGAGACAUUUUAAGAUUAUUAUAAUUACUUUUAAAGCGAUCCAUGGACAAGCUCCGGUAUAUCUACAAGAACUCAUUAACAAAAGGGAGGAAAAGAGUUACAAUUUAAGAUCGUGUGCAAUGGGAAUCAUGCUUCAAACGCCUAGAACUUUAACUAAAAAGACAUUGGGUGACCAUGCUUUUUUAGCUGUGGCACCUAAACUGUGGAAUGGUUUACCAUCACAAAUACGAAAUGAGCCCAAUUUUCAUAGGUUUAAAGGUUUACUUAAGACCCAUUUUUUUAGAUUAGCUUUUUAUUGGGAUUUUUUAGGAUUAUAUAUAUAUUGUAUUUUUUAUAGAUCCAUUGUUUUUUAUACAAUAUUUUUAGUUAUUUUGGAUAACUUAUUAAUGUCGAUAAUUUACUUUCAUGUAAUGCGCAUUUGAUCAUAUUCACAUGUAUUUUGCGCAAUAUAAAUAUUAAAUUAUUAUUAUUAUUAUUAUUAUUAUUAGAGGAAGUGACACUAGCGAUUGAAGGGUCAUCAUGGAAGCCUUACGGUUCCGAACAACGAGAAGAUGUCCUUUACGACUUUGACCGUGCACAGUCAGACAUCUUGUUGUGGAAAGCGCGCAUUGGUCGCUCAAUAAAUCAGGAAGAGGCGAAACAAGAUGCACUAAGUGUGCCAUUCUGAUGAUGGACUGGGCUAUGAAGUUCCUCCAAAUAAAAUUUCGUGAGAAACAGUCUGAAUGGUUCGGCAAACGGGGGCUGAGCUGGCAUAUUUCCACCCUUAUAACUAAGAACGUUAAUUAUUGACUCUGGAAAAAUUGAGCUGAAAUCGUAUGCUCAUGUCUUCGACUCUUGCCAACAAGACUGGUACGCAGUAUGCUCGAUCAUCGAAAACACGCUAGAGGUUGUAAAGAAAGAACAUCCCCAGACUACCCAAGUGAACCUAAGGAGUGAUGAAGCAGGCUGUUACCACAAUAACGUUUUAUUAGCCGCCGUUAGGGAUGCCGGAAGACGAGUAGGCAUUGAAGUAGCACGGUAUGACUUUUCCGAGCCGCAGUAUGGAAAAGAUAUCUGUGAUAGAAUCCUU